AUGGAUUGUUUGUUUAAUUAUACUAUGGAGGAAACUAAACCAAUAUUUACAACAGCUAGUGACACAAAGGCUACUGCUACAACGGAAAGUUUUACCAACGAUAACAGGAGUAUGCCUAAUGGACAGGAAAGCGUGUUUUCUCCUUUAGCCAAUACCUUUCAAAGCCAAGGCGGGAAUGAGUUGCUGAAUUUAUUGGCGCAACAGGAGCCAAGGGCGGCAGAUAUAGCACCAACGGCUGCGGACGUGGAGGAAGCUUUGAUGAAUUUUCGUAUAAGUGGAGCAGAGAUGAUGUAUGAUGAUAUCGAACAGAACCAUCCAUAUUUUAUGGGGAGUCGAGCGGAGUCUGUGUCGUCCACGCCAAAUGUCCCGUGGACUGAGGGCUCCAAUGCACCUGCCAACAGAAACGGAGAGAUGAUAGACACUUUCGACUUCUUGAUCAAAAGUUUAUCAUCAGCCAACAACUACGUAUCUAUGUUGACCCGCGAGCAACUGUCGCUGCUGCGUUGUAUUCGGCCGAGCCUGUUGUACGAGUUCCUACAGGAAGUCGCCAAGGUCCGCAGCGACAAACGCAUGCGACGCGCCUUGCCUAAUGAAUGUGCUUUCUGCAAGAACAAUGGGGAGAAUGAAGAGUGCUACUCGACCCACGUGCUGAAAGAUUGGCGCGGGCGCGUGCGCUGCCCUGUACUGCGUGCCUUCAGAUGUCCGCGGUGCGGCGCUACCGGUGACCACGCUCACACCAUCAAGUACUGUCCGGAGAAUGUGGACGGAAGUUCAGACCGCUCGAGUCUAUCUUCGCGUCGCCGCGUGCCGCCCUCCUUGCUGCUGGGCGGCCAAGCGGGGCUACCUCGCGCCGCUAUGCCCGCCGCCCCCGCACCCUCUCCCUCCCCUGCUACCUCUGGCCUCUCACAAGCCGCGAUUUGGUCCACCUUCGGGAUGAACUAGGUUUCCAAGCUUCACGAGCAAACUUAGUAAAAACAAUAAGUCAACUAACAUUGAAGUCAUCUUUAAUAACAAUCAACAGAAUGUUAAUUUAUCUAAAAUCUACUGCCUUGACAGUCAACAACUCGGCCGUUCGAAAGAAAGAUAAGUAAAGAAAGUUAUACUUCUUACGUUUUACUCUGUUCUUGAUGGUAACUUUCAUGUAUAUAGUAUUUGUACCUACUUAAUUAUUAGGUACUUGAUAGUAGGUAUGCUUUAU